AACAAAGCUUAUAGACAAACUUUGAUUCCUUGCCUCCUAUUUGCUUCAAAUUCUCUCUCUCUCUCUCAUACAUUCCCUCUUCACUUAAACUCUUCUUCAUUCUAAACUGAAGCUCCAAUGGCGAUCUUCACCAUUCUCUUCCAUCUUCUUCUCCUCAUCUCCUUGCCACUCGCUGAUGCAAACUCAGAAGGAGAUGCUUUGUAUGCACUGAGAAGAGCAGUGAGAGACCCUAAUAAUGUUCUGCAGAGUUGGGAUCCAACGUUGGUUGAUCCUUGUACUUGGUUUCAUGUCACCUGCAACUCUGACAAUAGGGUCACUAGGCUUGAUCUGGGAAACGCAAAGCUGUCGGGGAAUCUGGUACCGGAGUUGGGGAAGCUGGAGCAUCUUCAGUAUCUGGAACUAUACAUGAACAACUUGGAAGGACCCAUUCCAGAAGAGUUUGGUGGGCUCAAGAGUCUUGUGAGCCUUGAUCUUUACCAUAAUAACCUCACUGGCACCAUCCCUCCUUCCCUCUCCAAACUCUCCAACCUGCGCUUCAUGCGGCUGAACGGCAACACCCUAACUGGAAGAAUACCAAGACAACUUACCAAGCUUGCAAAUCUCAAGAUUCUGGACUUGUCGAGUAAUGACUUGUGUGGUACGUUUCCAACAACGGGUUCUUUCUCAAAGUUUAACUCUGAAAGCUUUCUGAACAAUCCAAGGUUAGAAGGGCCUGAACUGGUGGGUUUUGUGAGAUACGACGUUGGAGGAUGCAACUGAAGAUCAGAUUAGAAGCCAAGUCAAACUAAUAUUAGG